GUUGUUUAUUAUGGAUUAUAAUAUAUAAUCAUCAUUCAGUUUUAAACCCAGAGACUGACCUGGACCCGGUUCAGGCCCGGUUCUGAUCCAUUUGGAGCAAACAGGACCUUUGUCCUCGGCGGGUUUCUUCAGAACCAGCUGGUUCGGUCCAUUCUGGUCCGGUUGGCGGGUUAAAGCAGCUCAGUGAGUGGUGGAGGUUCUGAUGGCGACCCGGGUCACAGCAGGUCCAGAUGAACAGAAUCAGCUUCCUAGUCUGGUUCUGUUGGGUUCUGCUCAGGUUGGUCCAUUCUGCCUUCCAGAACCAGAACCAAUCCCCUCACACAACUUCCAGCUGGGACUGUCAGAAUAAAAGCCUACUGUUGAACAGAAGAACCGGGUCCAGUCCGGAGUCCGACCGGGUUUAUUCAGAGACUGGGGGCUGCUCUACCUGAGGGGGCGGGUCCACCGCUUGGCUCCUCCCCCUUUAGCAUGACCCCAGGAGUCACAGAGAGAGGAGAGAGAGGAGCGGACCGACCCGCCUGGGAGCUGCAGGGAGGCUGUGGAUCUGCUGCAGUCCGGGAGAUCCGGGUCCGGUUGGGGGUCCGGUGGUUGGAUGUUGGAGGAGGACCAAGGAGAGAGGAGCAGCAGGACCUCCUGCUGAGCCGGAGGCAUGAUGCUGCUGCUGCUGGCGGCUCUGAGCUCAGGUUUGGGCCCCGGCGAGGGCCCCACCAGGGAGUGCCAGUACUACAACGUGAACUACGAGGCGGAGAAAACCAACCGGAGCGGCGUGGAGGUGUGUGAGGGCGAGGAGGACAAACGCUCACAUUGCUACGCCUCCUGGAGGAACCAAUCAGGAUCCAUGGAGCUACUGAAGAAAGGAUGCUGGUUGGACGACUUCAACUGCUACGACCGGCUGGACUGCGUGGCGACGGAGGAAACUCCCCAGGUUUUCUUCUGCUGCUGUGAAGGAAACUACUGCAAUCAGAACUUCACCCACCUGCCUGACCUCAGCAGCCCAGUGAUGGAGGCUCCGCCCAUCAAGGCGCUGGACGUCCUGAUCUACUGCCUGGCGUCGGCCGCCAUGCUGUCCGUGGUUCUGCUCCUCGCCGUCUGGACGUACCGACGCCGGAAGCCUCCGUAUGGAAACGUGGAGGAUCCCGGUCCUGUUCCUGCCUCCCCCCUGCUGGGGCUGAAGCCGCUGCAGCUGCUGGAGCUGAAAGCUAGGGGGCGCUUUGGCUGCGUGUGGAAGGGCCAGAUCCUGAAUGAAUACGUGGCUGUGAAGAUCUUCGCCAGCCAGGUGCCGAGCCAGAAGGAUGAUCCGUGGAUCCUGCUGGGCCGUCUGUCUAACUCCUCUUCCUCCUCUGAACAGAACCAGGAGUCGUGGCAGAGCGAGAGAGACGUGUUCCUGACGCCGGGGAUGAGGAACCACAACAUCCUGAGGUUCAUCGCGGCCGAGAGACGAGGGAGCGAACUGUGGCUCAUCAGCGAGUUCCACGAGAGGGGCUCCCUGUCGGACUUCCUGAAGGCGAACGCGGUCAGCUGGACCGAGCUGUGCCACAUCGCCGAGUCCAUGGCCCGCGGCCUGGCCUACCUCCAUGAGGACAUCCCCCACCUGAGAGGAGACCGCCACAAACCGGCCGUGGCUCACAGGGACUUUAAGAGCAAGAACGUCCUCCUGCGCUCAGACCUCACCGCCGUCAUCGCCGACUUCGGCCUGGCCGUCCUCUUCAGGCCGGGGCAGCCGCCUGGAGAGACGCACGGACAGGUGGGCACCAGGCGCUACAUGGCUCCGGAGGUCCUGGAGGGAGCCAUCAACUUCCAGAGAGACGCCUUCCUCCGGAUCGACAUGUACGCCGUGGGGCUGGUGCUGUGGGAGGCGGUGAGCCGCUGCAGCGCCGCCGACGGUCCGCUGGGUCAGUACCUGCUGCCGUUUGAGGAGGAAGUGGGUCAGCACCCGACCCUGGAGGACCUGCAGGACGUCGUGGUCCACAAGAAGACGAGGCCGGCCAUCAAGGAGUUCUGGCUCAAGCACAGCGGUCUGGCCCAGGUCUGUGCGACGGCAGAGGAAUGCUGGGAUCAGGACGCCGAGGCUCGUCUGUCUGCCGGCUGCGUUGAGGAGAGAAUCUCCCAGAUCCGUCGCCAUGCCGCCGGCCUGGCUCCGCCCACCUCUGGCACCGUCCCCGCCGUUACCGUGGUAACCAACCAUGCUGCCUGAACAGUCUGGUACCUGAGGUGAACCUGCGGUCCCUCAGCUCUGCUGCCCCCUGCUGGAUGCCGGAAACGCAGAGACCUUCCCACCAGAUGGAGGCGCCGUCGCUCGCUGCCACAUGACCUCUUCCUGACCUUCGGAUCUGACUAGUUGAAUCCUGAAAAUUCAGAAACAGGAAGUGAGGUCAGGAGAAAAGCAAAGAUUGUGAUUGGCUGACUGAGCUCAGCCAAUCAGAGCACAGAGAUAAAACUCCUCAGGUAACCUGGACGACAGGUUACCUGGAAGGGGCGGGGCUUAAGUCAGCCAUGGCAGGUGAAAAGCUUUAGUGGGCGGGGCUUAGAAACACCUGUGUGUGUGUGUGUGUGUGUGAGGACAUUUUAGCUUCUCCACACAAGAUAAAAACAUAAUUUUAGGGUCAGAGGUUACGGUUAGGUAUGUACUGCAGAUGGUUAGGGAUAGUGCAAAGGUCAAGGGUCAGCCUAUAGAAACUAAUGAGGUAUAGUGGUACAGCAAUGUGUAACAUCACAUUUUAUUCUGAACAUGCUGAUUGGCUCAUUUAUAAUCUUUACCUUAGUGAUAUGCCUGUGACCUUUGACCUCCAGCAGCGCCACCCUGUGGUUGGUGGUUCCAGCAGAAAUCAGCAGCAGUUUGAGGUAAUUACCGAACCAACGCUCCAACAUGAAGGAGUUAUCCCGGUUCCUUUGACUAGGACAGAGGCUGCUGCUGUUUCAGGCUGCUAGUCAGAGGCUGCAGCGCCACCUGCUGGUCUCCCUGUUUAACUGGGACCAAACCUGACCUGUGUCCCUUCUGGGACGCCGUCCAGGAAGCUCCAGGCUCCAGAUUCCUUCCAGCUGCUGGACGCCAUGUUUGGACCUUCCUGGUUCCUGCGGAGCUUGAAGCAAACGCAGCAGCCGGUUCAGGAGAUCCUGGUUCUGUUCAGUUUCUGUGGAUUCCUUCAGGUCCGGGAUGGUUCUGCUCACAGAACCAGCAGCUGGUAGAAACAAGGAAAACAUCCGUUCACAUUACUCUGGUUCUGUAUGGAAAUAAUAAAUCAUGUCUCAUCAUUUUCUACAGUCUGUUUUAUUCUGAUCACUUUUCAUCCAAUCAUUUCUAAAAGGAGGAAAGAAAAUCCCAGAUUUCUCCAGGAGGAACUUUUUACUCUUUGUCGUGUAAACACACCCGUUGCCGUGGCAACC